AUGCUCAUAAUUCCUAUUUACACAUGCUGUAAUUACCGUUGGCCUUUUGAUCACUCAAGUCUUUUCCAGUCAGAGGUACUUAGUGUCUAUGAACCAGAUAGGAAUGCAUUACGGAGGAAAGAACGAGAGAGAAGAAACCAAGAAACGCAACAGGAUGGUGGCACAUUUAAUUCCAGUUACUCUCUCUUCAGUGAGCCCUACAAGACUAACAAGGGGGAUGAGCUCUCAAACCGGAUUCAGAAUACUUUAGGCAAUUAUGAUGAAAUGAAAGACUUUUUAACGGAUAGAUCCAAUCAGAGUCAUCUUGUUGGUGUCCCCAAACCUGGGGUGACUCAGACUCCUGCGAACAAGAUUGAUGAACAUUUUGUGGCAGACUCAAGAGCCCAAAGCCAGCCCUCAUCUGUGUGUAGUACCACAUCUUCCACACCAGCAGCUGUCCCUGUGCAGCAAAGUAAGAGAGGAACCAUGAGCUGGCAAAAGGCUGGGCACCCAUCCUCUGAUGGCCAACAGAGAGCAGCACCACAAGGCUCUCUUAGAACCUUGCUUGGAGAUGGUGUUGGCAGACAGCAACCACGGGCCAAACAAGUGUGUAAUGUGGAGAUGGGGCUUCAGACCCAGGAAAGGCCACCUGCGAUGGCAACUAAGCACAACAGCAGUGCACACUGUGUUCAGAACUUUCCUCCGUCAUUGGCUUCAAAACCUAGUCUGGUCCAGCAAAAACCAACCGCAUAUGUACGACCAAUGGAUGGUCAAGACCAGGCUCCUGAUGAGUCCCCUAAGCUGAAGUCCUCUACAGAAUCUGGUGUGCACUGUACAUCCUACAGGGGGGGCCCAGUCACUAAGUCAGAGUCAGCUAGAGCUAAGACCAAGCUUUCCAAAUUCAACAUCCCCAAGCAAGGAGAGGAGACUAGAUCUGGAGAAAGCAACAGCUGUGUUGAAGAAAUAAUUCGGGAGAUGACCUGGCUUCCACCACUUUCUGCUAUUCAAGCACCUGGCAAAGUGGAACCAAGCAAAUUUCCAUUUCCAAAUAAGGACUCUCAGCUUGUAUCUUCUGGACACAAUAAUCCAAAAAAAGGUGAAGCUGAGCCAGAGAGUCCAGACAAUGGCACAUCAAAUACAUCUAUGCUAGAAGAUGAUCUUAAGCUAAGUAGUGAUGAAGAAGAGAGUGAACAGCAGGCAGCCCAGAGAACAGCUCUCCACGCUCUAUCUGACAGCACCGUGGUCCAGCAGACCAACUGCAGAGGCUCCGUGCUGUCCAGCAAGGGCAGCAGCAGCGGCAGCAGCAGCAGCAGCAGCAGCUCCUCUAGCGACUCAGAAAGCAGCUCUGGAUCCGACUCUGAGACAGAGAGCAGCUCCAGCGAGAGUGAGGGCAGCAAGGCCCCCCACUUCUCCAGCCCUGAGGCCGAACCAGCAUCCUCUAACAAGUGGCAGCUGGAUAAAUGGCUAAACAAAGUUAAUCCCCACAAGCCUCCCAUUCUGAUCCAAAAUGAAAGCCAAGGGCCAGAGAGCAAUCAAUACUACACCCCGGUAAAAGAUGAUGUGCAGGACUGUGGGAAACUAACUGACAUUUGCCAAACCAGCCUGAGAGAAAAGGAAGUCAAGACUGCCUGCAAGGAGGAGCAGAGGCCAAGGACAGCCAACAAGGGCCCAGGGAGCAAAGGGGUGAAACAGAAGUCCCCACCCGCGGCUGUGGCUGUGGCUGUGGCAGUGACCACUGCCGCCCCGCCAUCCACGGUGCCCAGCAUACCUGUGGAGAACGCACCCGCGCCCACCCGGAGAUCUGCGGGCAAGAAGCCCACCAGGCGCACAGAACGGACCUCUGCAGGGGACAGUGCCAACUGCCACCGGUCAGAGGAGCCUACGGGCACAGACACCCUGGGGGCCAGUGUGGUGGCUCCCCCAGAACCUGCCAAAACCAAGCCCUGUGGCAACACCAGAACGAGCCACCGCAAGGAGCUACGCUCCUCCGUGGCCUGUGAGAAGCGGCGCACCCGGGGACUGAGCAGGAUUGUCCCCAAAUCCAAGGAGUUUAUUGAGACCGAGUCUUCUUCCUCAUCUUCCUCCUCUGACUCGGACCUGGAGUCCGAGCAGGAGGAGUAUCCUCUAGCCAAAGCGCAGCCGGUGGCCACUGCUGCCACCUCGGGGAGUGACCAGAGACUGAAGGAGACUGCCAGCAGCAUCAGCACUGGCAGUGGCCCCCGGGCUCCCGUAGGCUCCAUCAACGCCAGGACUACCAGUGACAUCGCCAAGGAGCUGGAGGAGCAGUUCUACACUCUGGUCCCCUUCGGCCGCAACGAACUUCUCUCACCACUGAAGGACAGUGAUGAGGUCAGGUCUCUUUGGGUCAAAAUUGAUUUGACUCUCCUGUCCAGGAUACCAGAACACCUUCCCCAGGAACCAGGGAUCUUGAGUGCUCCAGCGGCCAAAGACACUGAGAGUGCACCACCCAGCCACACACUAGACACUCAGGCAGAAAAGGCUUUGCCAAAAUCCAAGAGGAAACGCAAGUGUGACAACGAAGAUGACUACAGGGAGAUGAAGAAGGUCCAGGGAGAAAAAGAUAGCUGUUUGAGACUGGCUGCAUCUGCCAACAAUACCUUGUCUGUGAACCACUGCAAUAUGAACAUCAGUAGUGUGGCAAUACCAAUAAAUAAAAAUGAAAAAAUGCUCCGGUCACCUGUCUCGCCCCUCUCUGAUGUAUCCAAACACAAAUAUUCCAGCGAGGACUUAACUUCUUCCAGUCGACCUCAUGGCAACAGUGUCUUCACUUCUGCCUCUUCCAACAAAAAGCCUAAGGCUGACAGCCAUGCCGGAGACCUUACGAAAGCUGCUCACAAUUCUGAAAAUGGUCUCCACAGUAAGUCACGGCCACAAACAGAGCCAUGGUCUCCAGGUUCCAAUGGCCACAAAGACUGCAAGAGACAGAAACUGGUCUUCGAUGACAUGCCACGCAGUGCAGAUUAUUUUAUGCAGGAAGCUAAACGGAUGAAGCAUAAAGCGGAUGCAAUGGUGGAAAAGUUUGGGAAGGCGUUGAACUAUGCUGAAGCCGCCCUGUCGUUUAUUGAGUGUGGAAAUGCAAUGGAACAAGGCCCCAUGGAAUCCAAGUCUCCUUAUACCAUGUACUCAGAAACAGUGGAGCUCAUCAGGUAUGCUAUGAGACUGAAAACUCACUCAGGCCCCAAUGCCACUCCUGAGGACAAACAACUAGCUGCAUUGUGUUACCGAUGUCUGGCUCUCCUCUACUGGCGGAUGUUUCGACUCAAAAGGGACCAUGCUGUGAAGUAUUCAAAAGCACUUAUUGACUAUUUUAAGCAAAUCAGCUCACCCCCAGGCCAUGCAAUGAUAAUUAUGCGUGCCUGUGAUAACACAGAGUGGAUGGCCCAGAUGGAUUCUGAGUCCCUGAAGGUGGUACAUCCUAAAAGCCCAACUGAGGUUCCAGGCCAUGAGGAGAAUCUUGCCAGAGGAACUAGCAUAGAAGAGGAUUCUGAAAAGCACAUCAAAAUUGAGUGGCCAAGAGGGAUAGGACAGAUACCUUACACAUCUUCAGUGCUCUUAACAGCGCUCGCUCUCUUUCUCUCUGUGUCCCUAGAAUUCUUCAACGACCUGGAUUUGCUCAUGGGACCGGUCACCCUGCACAGCAGCAUGGAGCACCUGGUGCAGUACUCCCAGCAGGGUCUGCACUGGCUGAGGAAUAGCACCCACUUGUCCUAGGCACCUCGUCCUCCAGCCAGGUGCUCAGUCCUGUCCAUGGAUGGCUCACUAUCUCGGGACACUGUGCUAUUGAAAUUGCCAGCCACAGCAUUUAUCAAACUGCAGUGAAUGUGUCCUCCACAUCAAAACAGUGGUCUUUUUCCAGGGCAUGUGUGUUUGUACGUGUGGGUGUAAUGAGAAGCUGCCUGUGUAUGUGUGUAAGAUACACAGCUCUUCCGAACCCAUUCUCCUUAGCUAGUUUCCAUCAUGCCAGGCUAGACAUGAGCAGAGAGGUCCCUGGUGAGAGGAAAGACCCACAUUACAUGCACACUCAUGUUCACACUCUUUCUUCCUUUUCCAAUGCUGAAUCAUGACGUCUUAGAAAGUCCAACCAAAAUCUCAUGGGUUAGUUAACCAGGUGCAGUGCAGCACACAGAAAACUUAACUGCCAGUUAAGUUGAAACCUAGCUCUUACCUUAUUGAUUACUUUCAGUAUUAAUAUACUCUUUCCCAAUUAUUUUUAUCAGUGUGUAUUAAUGGGUAAUUGAGUAAUGAAAACAAGUCAGUUAUUUUUGUGCCAGAUGUUUACUAGAUUGCAUGUAACCAAAUACCUAGCCCAUCCUCCAAUACCUUCUUCCCAUCCAGCAUUAUUCUCAGCUAAACACAUUAUAAGCAAAUGCACCAAUUCCCACAAGCCUUCUUACCCUUGCCCAAAUAAUAUGAAAAUGGCACCACCAUCUGGUCAAUUUAACCCACAUGAAAGCAACAAUGACUAUUUGGAGCUCAGUUCAAAGUUGAAAUCUACACCUGUGACAAGCCUUCCAGGCACAUUCAUUUCCUCCUCCUGCCACUGUGACUGUGGCUGGAGAGCCACGUGGCCUUUACCGCAGUGUGUUCCAAGUCUUUUCUUUCCAUGGUAGCUUUCUUGCCACUUUUCUUGGGCCAAUAAAGACAUUGUCUAGAAUGUCCAUUGCUAGUGGUCUACCUGUUGCUUCUCAGGCUGAGAGCUCUUGGCCAUCCUAAUGCUGUAGAAUGUACUACAGGCCUUUGAUUCAUUUUGAUUUGGAGAUAUUUUUCAGGCUUUCAUUAAUAAGCUGCUGACAGUGCAAGGGAAAUUGUUCCUGCAAUUCUUGUGAUUCUGUUUAGAGAAGCAGCAACCAGAGCACCCUGCUUAGACCUUGGGUCCCUGGUAUGCGUCUGUUUGCAUCUUGCCCUUGCCUCUUUCGUUUUUUCCUUUCCAUUCUUUUCUUUUCCCUUUCUUUGCUUUCUUCCCUUUUGAAUUACGUUUACAUUUUAGUUUUUUUAACAUCUCGUUUACAGUUUUUGUCUCAUUUAUUUGUUUUAUAAUGUUUUGUCAUACCCUAGAUUUAGUUUUCUUGUUAAAUGUAUUUGGAUAAAAAAUACUGGUAAGAAGGAAACAACUCCUGCAAAAAGAGGGUGCGCCAUACCACACUUUAAAACUAAAAUUAACAUCCUUGAGUUACUUGACAGGAUUGUAGCAGGUCAGUGUGAAAAGACAGGUAACACAAUCUCUGGGACAAUGUACUGUUCAAGGUGGUAGAGAUACAAAGUGUGUGUGAUCCCUGCUGGUAGAGCUCACUACAUCCUUAUGUUUGGAUACAAUGUUCACAUUUUUGUCAGCCUGAUCUGUAGAUGGCAAAUAAGAUGACUGGGAUUCCUCUGCUCUAAGUACUGAUUCAAAACUGUGCAGAUGAUAGAGCAAUUGGUGAUUUGAGAUUAAUUGACAAUGAGCGAAUGAAAGCUUUGUGAAAUUCUCAUUUGGCUUUGACCUUAAUGCACAUGAGAAUAUUAACAGUACAAGUUGAGUGAUCCUUAACCAAAAUACUUGGGACCAGAAUUGGUUUUAGAUGUCAGAUUUGUUUCUGAGUUUGGAACAUUCACAUUAAUAUAGAGUUAUCUUGGGGAUGGGUCUCUAAUGGAAAUCAGUUAUGUUGUAUAUGCCCCUAGGCACAUGAUCAGGAAGUAAUUUUAUAUGCUGUUUCUGCAUUGUAGCUGAGACUCAUCACAUGAGGUCAGGAGUGAAACUUACCACUUAGGACAUCAUAUUGAUGUCCAGAAUGUUCUAGAUUCUGGAGCAUUUGGGAUUUGGGAAUUUUAGGGAUACUCAGUCUACAUUUCCAUUUAUACAAGUGAGGCUCUUUUCAUCUCCCUUAGUUAGCUAAGUUUGGGAUCCAUCUUACAUUGGAAAUUGGAAUCUAACUUAAGAAACUUGGAAUCAGGUAUGUACAGCAGAACUGAGACUUUGUUCUACUUACCCUUGGUGAAUUCUGGUGACAAGUUGGAAUUCUCACCUAAACAGUCGGCCGGCCCUAGGUGUCUGCCACGCAUCCCUGGAGAGGUUUUCUGGUCUUGUCUGUCCUUAAAGUGUCAGACUUUAUUGUGGCAUCCAUGUUAGCCUGCCUAAGAAGCCCCAUAUAAGGCUGAAGACCUGCGCUUCCAACAGAACUACAAACUGGUCCUUUCAGGGGAUGGUCAGAGCAUGGGAUCCUACCCAUGUUUCUCAGUUCAUCUGUAGAACAUGAUGGGCUGCACUUUUUGAUGAGUUCGGCAUAAUCUGUUUGGAUCCAGAACCGUCUCCUGAAUAUGGCUUGUGAAAGUCAGUCAUAUCUCAUCCCUUUUCAUCAGUUGGGUACCAAGUUGAAACUUUUUUUGUGUGUUUUCUGAUUAUAAAACUGAUAGCUCUUUAUGGUUAAAAAUUCAAACGAGGCAGAAAGUCUAAGACUUUGAUCGUCUCAGUCAGCUGAAAUAACCAUAGCACACAUUUGAUAUAUAUCCUUCCAGAAACAUCACAUUUUCACAUACAGUGCUCAUUUGGACUUCUCAGGAUGCGUUCUUGCCUGAGGAGUUGAACCCAAGUUCAGCUGACCUAGUGUGCUAUAACUUGACAAAAGAAUGCUAUCCUGUCACAUGCUCCGAUUUUUUUUGUGAAAGAGAGCAGCCCAAGUAGAUCAGAUGUUGCCAUCAGGCACCACUCUCCACACAGAUCAGAUGCAUGUGCAAAACUGUGCUGAGAGAGAGACAGAGAAAGAGAGAGAAGUUUCUUUAAAAAAAGAAAAAAAGCUUCUGAAAACUUUCACAUUGCAAAUGGAUGAUGCUUGGACCUACUAUCUAAAGAGGAAUGUACCAGAAAAAUAAUCUGAAAGAGUUGAAAAACUUACGUACUAGGCUGAACACACAGAAUGCAAUGCAGUGAGACUUUCUGCACUAAAACCAAUUCUAGUAUUCCAACAACGAUGUUCUGGCGCCCAUACAUAAUAUACACAGUUUGUAUAAAUGCAUACAUUUAAAAAUAUAUAUGUACAAUACAGCUAACAUGGAACUGUAGUAUGCCUGACAGAUAUUACUAGUGCCUAAUAUUGAGUAUACGUCACUGCGUGUUCAUGUCACCUUGGAAGUGCAGUCAUUGUUACAAAACGAAUCAGUGCAGCAACAUUAUUUAUGAACCACAUCUUUGAAACUGUGCAGUAGCAUAUACAUAUAUAUUUUUAAAUAACAUUUUUCACAGUUUUCCAGAGUUGCUGUUGAAAUCUGUAUCACCAAAAAAAAAAAAAGCAAGAUUUUUUUAAUGAUGUAGACGCUCUUCAGACCCAGUAACCUGCGUGUGAUUUCCUGUUUGUAGAUACCCAAGAGACUUCAGCAGUCACCAGCCUUAAUGCAUGUACAGGAUAUUAUUGUGACUUAAUUUAUCUGCAGUUUUUAAUCCAUGUGAAAUUGGAAUUUAUAAAUGGACUUGGAUUAAAUAUGUCUGCCUUUCUAAGGUUGCAAAUGUUACAUUAAAUGAUUUAUGUUGUACAUGAGAGAAA